AUGUCAAAGUCAGAGUCUCAGGACUUCUACAACGAUUCGCAAUUCGUAGCGACAUCCCCAAAUACCUUUAAACGGACUAUAACAGAGCGAUUCCAUAAUACUCGAGUUACCAGCACGAGUUCCCUGUUCCAAGACUCGAAAAAUUUUGACGACGUGUCCGAUCCUCCGGCCACGGUCUCUAUUGAAGUCACGUUAACCGCAUUGGCCCAUAUUCCUUUCAACACGCAAAAGUCUGUGAUGUUGGGGGCCACCUCUGAACCACUGGCGCAGAAAUCGCACGGAAAUUGUUGUGGUUGCAAAGCAAAGGCGCUAAAGAAUGAAAUGCAAACGGCGCUUUUGAUCUGGUCGGGAGAAGGACCAAUAUUGUUUGUGGUAUCCGUGGAAUUGACCAAGUUAAGGGGAGGCCGGAAAGAUCGGACAUCCAAUGCAACCAUAGUUCUUGGCAGCAAUCAGCUCUCAGGCCCUAUUCCCACUCUCCCGACAACCCUAACCACGUUGGACCUUAGUACCAAUGCAUUUUCGGGUUCGAUUCCGACAUCAUUGACGCAAAUAACAGGCUUAACGUUCUUGUCCUUGGGGGCGAAUUCAUUGACCGGACCCAUUCCGACUUCAAUUACUCAGCUGACCAGUUUGACUGAUCUGUCGCUCCAGAGUAAUAAGCUUAGCGGUGGAAUACCUGACGGUAUCGGUAACAUGAAUAUACUUACAUUGAACCUGGCCUCUAAUGCACUCACAGGCCAAGUACCGACGUCAGUAUGUCAAAAAGCCUAUAAUACAUGCGAUCUUUCGCUGAACAAUUUAACGUCUCCAAUUAAAUGUACUACUUGUCUUGUUUGA